AUGGCGGCGGCCGGCGGCGGCGACCUGCGGGCGGGCCUGUUUUCUGGGGACCCGCUGAAGCAGACGGCUGCGCUGAUGAGCGGCUUUGCGGCGCUGUCGGCGGGGCGCGACGUGGCGCCGCUGGUCAGCGCUGCGCUGCAGCUGCUGGGCAACCCCAGCACCGCGGUGGAGCCCAAGCGGGUGGCCUACGAUUUUGCCAUGGCGGCGCAGCUGGCGGACGCGGACCUGGCGCGGCUGGCGGUGGUGGUGCAGGCGGACAUGCAGAAGGGCGUGCCGCACGAGGUCCGCGUCAAGGCGCUGCAGGCGCUGCCGCUGCUGCCAGGCCACCGGCUGGAGGCGCUGCUGACUACGGGCGGCGUGCUGGAGCGGCUGUUCCUCAACCUGCGCAGCUCCAGCGAUGCGGUGCGGGCCGCCAGCAUCGAGGCGGCGGCCGAGGUGACGGCGCACGAGCGCACGCUGCAGGCGGCGGCGGAGAGCCCCGCCCUGCUCAGCGCCCUCAUCGACCUGUGGGAGUCCAUCACAGAUGCGCUGACGGAUGAGACGGACCUGGUCUGCGCCAGCGCCUGCGCCGCACUGGCGCAGCUGCUGCAGGCCGAGGACGGCGGCGCGGCCCCGCUGCCCGCCGGCCCCGCCGCCGUGCUCUCCCCCCUCACCGACUGUGUGCACAAGCGGCUGGGCGGGCUGCUGGGCGUGGCGCUGGCGCGCUUCAGGGCGCUGGGCACGGUGCUGGUGGUGGCGGUGCCGCCGCUGCUGGUGGCUUACCUGCGCGGCCUCAGCCCGCUGCCAGAGGAGCGGCGCCUGGACGCCCUGCCCGGAGACGUCGGCAGCGUGGGGCGGUGCCAUGCGUAUGAGGAGUGCUCUGUGCUUCUGGUGGAGCUGCUGCACAGCCCCAACGCCGCGGUGCUGCUGGCGGCGGCAGAGGCGCUGCUGCAGCUGGCCAAGAUGGACGGCGCCUCGGCGGUAGUGCUGUCGGUGCUCCCCAAGGCGGCCGCGGCCAUCAUCGGCGCCGCCACCAACGCCGAGGGGCAGCUGUCGGCGGCGCAGCCGCAGGUCCUGAUGCUGCUGCUGGCCCACCUGCCCGUCAUGCCCGCCGUGCAGCAGCCGCUGCUGUUCCAGCGCCUGCUGCCGCUGGUGGCGGCGGUGCCAUCGGCCGCGGAGCGGUGCCGCGGGCUGGCGCGGCUGUGGGCCGCUGUACUGCAGUACGAUUGGUCCAGCUCAGCGGCCGACAAGGCGGCACGCCAGCAGCGCGCCGCCGCCGCCGCCGCCACGCCCGCCGCGCCCGCCCCGCAGCUGCAGCAGCUGCUGCUGGAGCCAGGGAUCAAGGAGGCCGUGAGCGGGCAGGCGGGCAGCGGCGACGUGGGCGCGGCGCUGUCGGCGGCGGCCGCCGCCGCCGCGCCGCCGCCCGUGUUCCCUGCCUUUCGAGAGGAGCUGGUGGGCAGCUUGCUGUACGGCCUGCUGAGCCACCCGCGCGGCAGCGCCGCGGUGGGCGCCGGCGCCGGCGCCGCGGGGGCCAGCAGCCUGCUGGCGGAGGCGAGCGAGAUGCAGGCGCUGGUGGAAAGCGUGGAGUGGCUGGCCAGCGCCAAGACGGCCCUGCAGGGCACCAAGGCGUGCCUGGGCUGGGACCGAGUGACGGCGGUGCUCACCACGGGCACCACGGCGGUGGUGGACCUCUGGCUGCAGCUCCUGCUGCGCACCAUCCAGGCGGCUGGGGCCGUGAAGGCGCACCUGGCGGGGCGGCAGGCGGAGGCGGCGGCGGCGGCGCAGGCCGCCGAGGGGUCUGGACGCCAGGCGGUGGCGUCCCUGUCUCAGUCGGUCUACCGCCGGGUGGGCGCCAUUGACAUGGACAUGCAGGGCAUGCUGCUGCAGAUCGCGUCCAACUGGCGCGCGCUACACCCGGUGGUGCGCCCCCGCGCCGUUUGGGUCUGCUGCUGCCACCUGCAGCUCAAGUCAGUUCUGGAUGGUGCCUGGAACAGCUGCGUGGAUGCCAUCCGCGGCCUGCUCCUCGACUCCCGCAAGUCCCAGGUGGGCAGCCACGUGGCGGCGGUGGCCGAGGGCCUGCUGGCGGCGCCGCCCAGCGGCGGGCCCGACGACACGGCGCGGCACGCGGCCGGCCUGGCGGCGGCGGCGGGGCAGCAGGCACAGGUGGCCAUGCUGUGCCUGGAGCGACUCAUCUCUCUGGUGGCCUACAACAACCGUGACCCCCUGGCGGGCCAGCUGGCCCCCAUCGGCUCCCUGCUGGAGAAGCUGUGCAAGCUGGAGCUGGAGAAUGAGUGUGGUCCGGCCCUCAAGGAGCGCAUUGGGCGCCUGCUGGCCGCGGUGCUGCCCGUUGCCACCAGUGGCAAGGAGAAGGGCGGCGGGGCGGGGUACACCCGCAGCACCACCAUCAGCAUCCGCAGCCGGCCCGCGGAGGAGCAGGCAGAGGAAAACGGCAAGAGGGACGCUGCCCCCAUCGUGGUGGAGCUCCACCCCGAUCCCGCAGCCCCCGCCGCCGCCGCCUACCCCAACACCCUGCCCGCGGCGGCGGCGCUGUUUGGCACCAAGGAGGCGGUGCGGUACGGCCACCUACUGGAGCAGCUGCAGAGCGCCGCCUGGCAGGACGACGAGGCGGCGGCCGCCGGCGGCGACGGCGCGGCCGCCGCCGCCGGCCUGCCCUCGCUCCUGCAGCUGACUGCCAUCCUGGCUGGGGCCGGCGGCGGGGCUGCGGCGGCAGCCGCUGCGGGGGUGGAGGUGACGGGUCCCUCCACGCCGCUGGCCCUCAGCCUCAGCCACAGCAUGGACGCCGCCAACCGCUCCAUCUCGCUGCGCUGCGCGGUGCACAACCGCACGAUGGAGGCGAUUCGGGGCGUGGAGGUGGAGCUGAUGCUGGGUGGCCCCGUGGUGCCUGGCCACCGCCGUCCGCUGUCCUUCCAGCUGCAGGCGCUGCCGCCCGCGGGCAGCACCAGCUGGGAGACGGAGCUGCGCGUCAGCGGCUUCGGCUGGCCCUCGGUGCAGCCGGCCAUCUUCCUGCCCAUCAAGCUGCCCGGCGGCGAGGAGGCGGGCAUGCGGUGCCGCCCCUACAACCUGGCGGCGGCGGCCAGCGAGCCGGGGCCGGCGGGGCUGCAGCAUGUGAUGGCCUCCAUGCAGGGCACCUCCAUGCUGUGCGUGCUGCGCGCCACAGCCCCCGUGCAUGGCUCCGCCCACGCCGCCUUCUACGGCUCCAGCUGGGACGGCCAGCGCAUCGCGUGUGUGGUGACGGGUGUGCUGGACUCCGCCGCCGGAGCCUCGGCCACCGCGACCGGCGGCGGCGGCGGCGCCGCGGGCGGCAGCGGCGCAGCGGCGGCACAGCCGCUGGGCCUGCAGCCCGCCCGCCUCCACUUCCACUUCCGUUCCGAGUCGGCGCAGGUCAUCUCUCAUGUGCAGGGCCACGAGAUCGAGCUGCUGGAUCAGCUGACCGGCGGCAGGGUGGUGCCCACCGCAGCGGGCGAGGAGGGUAGCGACGCCGCUGGCGCCACCGCCGCCGCUCCUGCCAGCCAGGCGUCGGAGGCGGAGGCCUACCGCCCCUCCACCUUCUCCUUCCUGCGCUCCGUCACGCUGCGCAGCGAGGAGGAGGAGCACAGGGAUGCGGAGGGCGACGAGGGGGGGGUCGACCCGGCGGCGGCCGAGGCAGCGCGGCGGGCGUUUGAGGGCGCGGUGCUGGCGCAGUGGCAGCGCCUGCGCGCGCUGCGCGAGACGCUGCACCAGGCCGUGCAGAGGCCUGGACGGCAUGCCUGCCUGCAAUUACUGUAUGCCUGCUUGGCCAAGGGAGCAGAUGUCAACAGCCGGGACAAGAACGGGUGCACCGCCCUGCACCUGGCGUCCUGGAAGAACCCAGACCCGUCAGCCGUGGGCGGCGUGAUUGCGGCGCUGGUAGCAGAGGGCGCCGAUGUGCGCGCCAAAAAUGAGGACGGCGACGAGCCGCUGCACUGGGCAGCUACCAACAACAAUGCUGAGGCAUCAGUAGCGGCAGUGCAGGAGCUUUUGGCAGCAGGCGCUGAUGUGCGAGCCAAAAAUGAGGACGGCGACGAGCCGCUGCACUGGGCAGCUACCAACAACAAUGCUGAGGCAUCGGUAGCGGCAGUGCAGGCGCUGGUGGCAGCAGGCGCUGAUGUGCAAGCCAAGGACAACAACGGCGCUGAGCCGCUGCACUGGGCCGCAUACAGCAUUGCCGCCGCCGCAGCAGCGGCAAGCCAAGCGCUUUUGGCGGCAGGCGCUGAUAUGCGGGCCAAAAAUGAGGACGGCACUGAGCCGCUGCACUGGGCAGCUGAUAACAGCAAUGCUGAGGCAUCAGUAGCGAUAGUGCAGGCACUUGUGGCAGCAGGCGCUGAUGUGCGGGCCAAAGGUGAAUACGGCGCUGAGCCGCUGCACUGGGCAGCUACCAACAACAAUGCUGAGGCAUCAGUAGCGGCAGUGCAGGCGCUGGUGGCAGCUGGCGCUGAUGUGCGAGCCAUGAAUGAGGACGGCGCUGAGCCGCUGCACUGGGCCGCAGACAACAGCAUUGCCGCCGCAGCAGCAGCGGCAAGCCAAGCGCUUUUGGCGGCAGGCGCAGAUGUGCGCGCCCGAGAUGACGCUGAUGAAGAGCCGCUGCACUGGGCAGCGGCCCAGAAUGAGAGCCCGGUGGCAGCCGCCAUCCUGCAGCAGCUGCAGCAGAAGCAGCCCGGGCAAUCUACGGCCCAGCUGGAAGCCAGUGCCAGCGAGUGCGUGGUGUGCCGCAACGCAUGCCGCCAGCCCAGCGCCAAGACCGUCACCAUCUACCACCCCUGA